UUUGUUGACAGUACCAAGAGGCUCCUUCUUGCUGCAUCACAUGCAACAUGAAACUCAAACGGUUUCUUAUAAGAUACUAUCCACCAGGUAUCAUCCUAGAGUAUGAAAAAGGGGGACAGUUGAGAACCAAGUCCAUCGAUUUGCUGGAAUUGUCUCCAGAUUCUGAUCCAGAUGAGUUGGUGGCUGAGAUCAGGGAAACUGAACCACUUGUCACCGAGACCCGUGUGGAGCAGGUCAAACUGCUGAUCCUCCGACUCAAGCAGAAGCUGUCCCAGAGGGAACACCAGAACGUCUAUCUCUUCAAGGCCCUCCAGGCACAUAUAUUGCCACUGACAAAUGUUGCCUUCAAUAAAUCAGGUUCGAGUUUCAUAACUGGGAGCUAUGACAGGACAUGCAGAAUAUGGGAUACCGCGUCGGGGGCCGAGCUGCACUCACUGGAGGGACACAGGAAUGUUGUCUAUGCUAUUGCAUUCAACAAUCCCUAUGGGGACAAGGUGGCCACCGGCUCCUUUGAUAAGACCUGCAAACUGUGGAGCUCAGAAACUGGGAAAUGUUUGCAUACCUUUCGUGGACACAUGGCUGAGAUAGUGUGCCUGGCGUUCAGCCCCCAGGGUACGCUUGUGGCCACGGGCAGCAUGGACACCACCGCCAGGCUGUGGGACGUGGAGGGUGGCGAGGAGGUGGCGACUCUGACAGGUCACACGGCGGAGGUUAUCACCGUGUCCUUCAACACCGUGGGUGACCUGCUCCUCACCGGCUCCUUCGACCACACCGUCUCCCUAUGGGAGGUGGCCUCAGGCAGACGUGUCCACACACUGAUGGGCCACAGCGGUGAGAUCACCAACGUCCAGCUGAACUGGGACUGCUCUCUCAUCCUCUCCGGCUCCAUGGAUAAAACCACCAAGCUGUGGUCUGUAGAGGAUGGGAAGUGUGUGACAACUCUGACCGGGCACACUGAAGAGGUGCUGGACGUGUGUUUCGACCUCACCGGGCAGCUUAUUGCUACUGCCUCGGCUGACGGCACAGCACGGGUUUACAACUCAGCCACGUAUGAGUGCCUGGUGAUGUUGGAGGGCCACCAGGGAGAGAUCUCAAAGAUCAGCUUCAGCCCACAGGGCAGCCGAGUGCUGACUGCCAGCUCUGAUAAAACGGCCCGUCUGUGGGACGUGGCGUCGGGACGCUGCCUGCAGGUCCUGGAGGGCCACGCUGACGAGAUCUUCUCCUGCGCGUUCAACUACGAGGGCGACACCAUCAUUACAGGAAGUAAGGACAACUCCUGUCGGAUCUGGCGCUGAGCGGCGCAGUGACUCACCGGCCCCCCCGGAGACACCGGGGGACAAUCGGCUGGAGGUCCAGCCAGCAGGUUUAUGUUAUUUUUUCACUUAAAGAACCCAGAGUGCAGACUAGAGCAUUCAUCCCCGUGUGCCCCGGUCUCGGUGGAUCGAUAAUCGUCUGGAUGAUGAGCCCGUUAUCCCCAUGAUCCCAGAGCCAUUGAUCCAGAAGGGGAUUCGUGAUCUCCGCAGCAAGGAAACAUAGUGAAUGUGUGGAUCACCCAUUUUUUAUCACCCAAAGAAGAACACACAUCUUGAUAAUACCACCACUCCAACUGGAAGAAGGAAGAGAACAACUUUGUGUUUUGUCAUGAUUCCCGACAUGAUUUGUUGGUGGAGCCUGAGCCGGAACUUACUGUCCUCAAUGUUGUCCGGGUGGAAAAACACAUCAGAGCCGAUGCACUCAUAAGGACAGUGGAGGCCGUCCAUGCUGUGUUGAUGUGUUUCUCGGAAUACGGUUAUUCUUUCGAUGAGAAAUAAGGGUAAUCACAAAGAAAAUUAUGUAGCUAACAAGGUUAAAAUGUAUUACAAGGCGUGGUGUUGUCAUGGCUCAGAAGUUGCCAUUAUAAACCCAUAUAUAUAUUGAUUUGCAUGUGCCGUGUUCUUGUGAAUUAUCCAUUAUUAUAAAUUGAUCAGUAUUUAUUCUACAUAAUAAUAAAAUACUAAUGAUAGGGUUAGGCUGGUGACGACAGCUGAUCGGUCCAUUUCCUCUGUCGAGUCUAGUUAAGCUCUGUCAGUGUGUGCCGAAUUAUCUUUUCUAGUUUUUUGAAGCAGCACAUUUAUUCCAACGUCUCCUUCUUUAUUAGAAAAAGGGUUUUGAAGCAAAGGGUUCCAAAAAUGUUCUUCAUUUGUUUUCGAAGAAGAGUGUUUGUAUGUCGAGAAGGACAUGACUACAACAACAAUGUCUUUCACAUCACAUAGAUUUAUUGAAAGAUAAAUACAUUCAAAUUUACAGUGACAGUCGACAGUUGAUUUGAGUUGUGUGUGCGCUUUCCUCCUCUAUCGAUGAUAAAACACCAUACUACUACAUUUAGAGAAAGAUACAGACUAUAUUCACAAAUAAUCCAACAUUGCAAACCCCACCCUCCAUGUCUCUGUGACAGUAAAAACCGAUGAGAGUCCAGUCCACUACCUCAAGGUGCGUAUUUCAGAAUCUACAGAAGGCCUAUGUACAACUAUCCAAAAUAAACCACUCUGCGGUAACAAGAACACAAACACAUGAUUUACUCAGGACGGAAUCUCAAGGUCACAACAGAAAAGUAUUGUCCAUAAACAAACAAUAGCUAUAUGGACGUAUUCUUGACUUCUAUCAGAUGUGAAGCUACUGCCUAUUUUUUUACACCGACAUUUCUACUUUAGAAAGAAAUGGGUUUUAAAACUCGAUGUUAUGACGAUACCAUAUAUGAAUAGCAAAAUAAAUGGCGUUCAGAAUUAUAUGAUGUGCAAAAUAAUGGCCUUGGGAAUAUGUGAGAUACAAAGCUGUGCUAAAAGGGUAAAUCUUUCCCACUGAGAUGAUCCAAGCCAAUUGACUUUCACUAUGUUUGUUGUGUGUGUGUGUGUCUCUGUAGACCGCGAGGCGAAUGCAAUGAAAACAUGCUUAUCUUUAAAGGGAAACUUGUCUAAGAGGCGUCGACGCAACAUCCACAGGCGGGAUUAAGGUUAGAGGGCGGUAAUGGGACGUUCAUUCUUCUGGGGACCCCGA